CAACCCUGGUCUAUAAUAAAUUCUGAAGUGUACAUAAGCGUCGGGCCCAGUUGAUGUCGAUUUUGGAACAAUAUUUAUUUAUUUAUGGUGGAAAUUAUAAAACAACUUGGUCGUCGUUGUCCGCCAGUGCUGUAGGCGGCAGAGUUGUGCCAGUCUACAGACGUAGGAAAAUCACGAAAGAAGAACUUGAGUGGCGCUCAAACGUGUUUCAGAAAGCAAAAGCUUUGGUAAUGGAGGAAAGGUUAAUAUCAGCGGUUUCGGUUCAUCCAGAGUUGUACAACUCGACUUUAAGUUCCUACAAGGACUUAGACAAGAAAGCGGCUGCGUGGAGGGCUGUGAGCCUCCAAGUGGAAUUACCGGAGGAAGACUGCCGUAAGAAAUGGAAGAGUCUGAGAGACGGCUUCAUCAAAGACAAGCGGUCGGAAGAGAGGCGGCUGGCGUCGGGCGGGAUCCACCGCUGCUGGAAGUACAGCCAGCACAUGGCUUUCCUCACGCCGUUCAUACAGUCGCGGACCUCCACCACGAGCUCCGCCGCCGACGACCUGUGCGACGGGCGGGACUGGGAGGGGGACAGCGAGGUCAACAGCCACUCCGCCUCCAUGCUGCACGGGAGGGAGGCGGAGCUGAGCGACGCGGACACGCCCCCCGGCUUCCCCCACGCGGGCUCGCCAGCGCUCAAACGGACCCGGUGGCAAGGGGAGGGGCUGGAGGGCACCGAGGACGAGCUCUUCCUCAUGAGCCUUCUGCCGCACCUCAAGAGGCUGCCCUACGAGAAGAAGUGCGCGGUCAAACUCAAAUUCCAUCAGCUUCUGUACGAGGCAGAGUUUCAUAAAGUCGGCGAAUGACACAUUUUAUCUUUUGUA